AAAAGAAGCAUGGCUUCCAGUUCCAGCAAAAAAUUAGAGUGUAAAAAUUUACACGGUUAUCUUCAAACCCUUGAACCCUCUGUUCUCGACAAAUUAUAUUGUCACCCAGCGACAUGUUUAGCAGUAUUCAGAGAGCUCCCAGAGCUGGCACGUCAGUACAUUAUGAGAAUACUUUUCAUUGAGCAGCCUGUUGCCCAGUCAGUUAUUGCCCAGUGGACCACCAAGAAACACCAGGAAGAACAUGCAUCCAUGGUUCAGUCUCUGAGCGACCUGCACGUGUGGCAUGAGCUGCCACUGCCCGGCGGCAUGCCCGGCUGGCUGCUCAAUAACACAUUCAGAACCAACAUGAGAAUAGCUCUACUUGGCGGAGGGAGUCCGUGGUCAGGCAGUGGUCCUCUACCUCCAGACAAACACGCCAAGGACAUUGCGUUCCUCGACAAAUACGCCUUGGAGAGGUGGGAGUGUGUGCUUCACUUCAUGGUGGGAUCUUCUGAAGGAAUGGACGGGGUCAGUCGAGACAUCAUUGACGUGCUGUUGAACAGUGGCCUCAUGAUAGCAGAGCCGACUGAACCACUUCCAUCAAUAACUCCAACUGGUUUUCAGUUCUUGUUGCUUGACACAGCAUCACAGGUGUGGUACUUCAUGUUACAGUACCUGGAGACUGUGGAGACGCGGGGAAUGAAUCUGGUGGAAUGUCUGUCCUUCUUGUUUCAGCUGAGCUUCUCAACCCUUGGAAAGGACUACUCGACGGAGGGGAUGAGUGACUCACAGUUGAGAUUCCUGCAACACCUGCGAGAAUUCGGCCUCGUCUAUCAGAGAAAGCGGAAAUCUCAGCGAUACUACCCAACUCAGCUUGCCAUAAACCUGGCUUCCGGACUGUCCAAGUUCAACACCGAAACUCACAAGUCAGGAUACAUCACCGUUGAGACUAACUACAGAGUUUAUGCCUAUACAGAUUCCCCUCUUCAGACGGCACUACUGGCAAUAUUUUGUGAGCUGCUCUAUAGGUUUCCUAACAUGAUUGUGGCCAAUUUAUCUCGGAUAAGUGUCAGAGCUGCUCUAACUCGCGGAAUUACUGCUGACCAGAUUUUGAAUUUUCUCCGCAGUCAUGCCCAUCCACAAAUGUUGGUGAAGAAUCCUGUUCUUCCCCCGACGAUAUCUGAUCAAGUAAGGCUGUGGGAGCUGGAGAGAGACCGCUUCAAGUUUUCUGACGGUGUCGUAUAUAGCCAGUUCCUGUCACAGAACGACUUCGAGCUGCUCCGAGACUAUGCCAGUGAUUUGAAUGUGUUAGUGUGGGAGAAUCCCAGUAAGAGGGUGAUGGUUGUGGCCAGGUCUGGACAUGACGAUGUCAGGAAGUUCUGGAAACGACACAAGCAGUCUUGAUAACUCCACGGAGUAGCUGAAUAAUCUCUAACGAAGGUGCUCAUUGGCAGCGGGAAUGUGAUGAUUCAUGUAACAAUGAAUUUCAUUGGCUGUAUGAAGUGCUCUUUGGCAGCCGUCAUGUGAUGAUUCAUGUAACAAUGAAUCUUUGGCAGCCGUCAUGUGAUGAUUCAUGUAACAAUGAAUUUCAUUGGCUGAUGAAGUGCUCUUUGACAGCCGUCGUGAUGAAUCAUGUAACAAUGAAUUUCAUUGGCUGAUGAACAGUAUGAAGUGCUCUUAAUUUCAUUGGCUGAUGAAUGCUUGCUGCCUGUGGGUGUAAGCCUGUGUUACAGCGCACCGUAUGUGAAAACCAUCAAAAAAGCCGGCCCAGUUGGUUUGGAUGUGAAACUCAGCCGACAGACGAUCUGGCCAGAUGAACUAGUCGAGUACUGAAGGACUCUUCUAACUGUGACAGUCAGGAUGGAUGUGUUGUGCUUCAUAACAGCAGGGAACAAUAUUCAAAAUCUUAAGUAGCUAGAGGUUGGUUCACAUGAUUUUCAUCUCGAUAACCCUUUGUUUGGUUGCAUGACCAGUGAGUUAACUUAAGUAAUCCUAACACACUUUUACUGUUGUUCAGGCUAUAGAUUUUCCAAGCUAUCUUAGCACAACGAUACUACAACACAGGUCAUAGCCUACGAUAGUUUUAAGAUAACGUAGCUCUAAGAUAGCUUUGAAAAUGUGGUCUCAGGCUCCUUAUUCAUAAACGUUCUUAACUGAAUAUGUUAUUUUCCUCUACCUCCUUUAAGUAUGUAAAUGUUUGUUGUUUAUACUUAUUGUCAUGCUUAUAUCCAAUUAAACUUCAAGUACACUGUCCCUAUGCACACACCACAACUAUCUGGGUUGUUUUUCCAGGACAGAGUGUUAGUAGUUUGUGGUUAAUGACAAAGAAGUUGGUGUGGUAUACUCACAGGAUGUUACCAGGAUACAAACCUAGCACCUACCAGCCUCAAAUACAAAGGCUUAACCACUACACCACGGAGGCCGGUAUUAUGAUGUAAAUAAGUAUCACGUGGUAGUAUGUAAAUAAGUAUCACGUGGUAGUAUGUAAAUAAGGAUCACACGGUAGUAUGUAAAUAAGGAUCACACGGUGGUAUGUAAAUAAGGAUCAUAUGGUGGUAUGUAAUAAGUAUCAUAUGGUGGUAUGUAAAUAAGCAUCAUACGGUGGUAUGUAAAUAAGUAUCAUAUGGUGGUAUGUAAUAAGUAUCACAUGGUGGUAUGUAAUAAGUAUCACAUGGUGGUAUGUAAAUAAGUAUCACAUGGUGGUAUGUAAUAAGUAUCACAUGGUGGUAUGUAAUAAGUAUCAUGUGGUGUUAUGUAAAUAAGUAUCAUAUGGUGGUAUGUAAUAAGUAUCAUAUGGUGGUAUGUAAUAAGUAUCAUGUGGUGUUAUGUAAAUAAGUAUCAUAUGGUGGUAUGUAAUAAGUAUCAUAUGGUGGUAUGUAAUAAGUAUCAUACAUUGACGUGAUUACGUUUAUGAAUACAGAGCCUGCACUACACUGGCAGUAGGGCUUCAGAUUCCACAUAAUUUGAGGUGAUGAAAGGUGUGGCCAAACUAAGUACUGUAAAAUGGGUAUUAUUUGUAGGAGUAAAUAUUUGUGAUAUGCAAAAUAUGUUUUUUAUAUUUCAAUGUGGGCAAAAGAAAUAAUAAAAAUUUACCACAUGUACAAAACUCUAAUUUGAUACAUUAGUAGUCUAAUAGGUACACUUAAUAGUAUCCCUUUUUCAGCGACUCAGCUCAUGCGUGCUGCCAUCACACAUCUUUUGUCCAUAGGUGACCGCAUGAUGCAUACAAUUAAUGAAUAUAAUCCUGGAUGUGGUUCAAUCAACACUUCAGCAAGUGUGAAGAAAUAAAGACAAACAAUUGUGCUAUUUGUUAAAAAUGUCUCUGCUGUUUUAUUCCUGUGUUUGAUAUAUAUCGGAACUUUAAAAAACAGUUAGUUUCCUUUGCUACCUAAAGAGGAAGAUAGAGAUUAAAACACUAAGGUGUAGGCAGGAUAUCCAUAUUUAUAAAAUACUUAAAAAAAAAAAAAUUACUAGCCGUCGGGCAUGGCGACAUUAGUUAUUUACUAGCCCAACAUUGAAUAUCACUAGCCAAGGGAGUGGGGCUACCGUAAUCUAGAAGCCCUGUAAAACACACACACUAUGAAAUGGUCUAUUUAUUACCAGGUAUUUAUCUUGCCUCAUUUUUGACAAUAUCUUUGGCUUUUUGUUAAUAUAUUUUGGGUAUACGAUCGAAAACAUGUGAUGCCUUGAUGUCUUGGUGUAACGUUUGCAAAUAUAUUACUUUACCAUGAACUUUUCAG